AUGGAGACGAUUAUGUUAAUCUUCCUCAUCUUCAUCAACUUAUUAGCGUCCACAUGCAAAGGGAUUGAUGAUGAUCUUGAGCUGCUUUUACCAUUAAAGUCUUCUUCAUUAAACGAUCAUCAACUCGCAAACUGGAACUCAUCCCAUUCGCACUGCAAAUGGGAUGGAGUCACAUGUUCACAAUCUUCCCGCGUUUCCGAAAUCCAACUCGCCGGAAAAAACUUAUCCGGCGAUAUCCCUGAAUCCAUUUUCCGACUACCUUUCGUCCAGUCCGUCGAUUUAUCAAGCAACCAGUUUUCGGGCCGAAUCCCAACAACUUUUUUGUCUUGCUUUAAUCUCAACUACCUCAACCUGAGCGGUAACAACCUAACCGGGCCCAUCCCGAGCGGCCUUCAUCACCUUCCCUCUCUUCGUACGCUUGAUUUAUCAAACAACAUGCUCUCGGGUCGAAUUCCACAAGACAUCGGGGUUUUUUCGGGCCUCAGGUUUCUUGAUUUUGGAGGGAACGCAUUGUCCGGUGGAAUUCCGGGCUCGGUCGCGAACUUGACCGAGCUGGAAGUUUUCACCUUGGCUUCAAACCAGUUGACAGGUGAGAUUCCAGGGGAACUGGGUCAGUUGAAGGGAUUGAAAUGGAUUUAUUUGGGCUAUAACAAUUUUUCGGGCCGAAUUCCGGUGGAAAUUGGUGAACUGUCCUCUCUCAAUCAUCUUGAUCUUGUUUAUAAUAAUCUCACUGGUGAAAUCCCUUCAUCUUUAGGCAACCUCACCAGUCUUGAGAACCUGUUUCUGUACUUCAAUAAACUCAGUGGGAAAAUACCAAAUUCUGUAUUUAAUCUCAACAAAUUAGUGUCACUUGAUCUGAGUGAUAAUUAUUUUUAUGGCGAAAUCCCGGAAUUAUUGAUAAACCUCCAGAAUUUAGAGAUUCUCCAGUUGUUCUCAAAUAACUUCUCAGGAAAAAUCCCUUCUGCUCUGUCUUCAUUGCCUAAUCUCAGAGUCCUUCAGCUCUGGUCCAACAGUUUGUCAGGCGAAAUACCUCGAGAACUCGGAAAACGCAACAAUCUAACUGUUUUAGACCUCUCGACCAAUAAUCUCACCGGAAGAAUUCCGCAGAAUAUAUGCGGGUCACGAAACUUAGUUAAGCUCAUCCUGUUUUCAAAUAGUUUGGACGGCGAAAUUCCGGCGAGCUUAAGCUUUUGCAAGAGUCUCCAACGAGUCCGAAUCCAGCAAAACCGGCUAACCGGCGAAAUCCCACUCGAAUUUACGAAGCUGCCAAAUGUUUACUAUCUUGAUCUGUCGGGCAAUCGAAUUUCGGGCCAGGUCAGUAACAGGAAAUGGGAAAUGCCAAGGCUUCAGAUGCUGAGCCUUGCUGAAAACGAGCUUUUUGGACCGUUGCCAGGCUCGUUCGGCAGCACAAAGCUCGAGAGUUUGGAUUUAUCGGGGAAUAAUUUCUCGGGCAGAAUCCCGGAAAAAUUUGGUGAAUUUUCAGAGCUGACGAAUCUUAAAUUGAACGGGAACCAAUUAUCGGGCCAAAUUCCUCACAAGUUGUCAUAUUGCAAGAAGCUCGUGACUUUAGACCUGAGCCGUAACCGUUUUUUCGGAGAAAUUCCUGCCAGCCUGGCCGAUCUGCCCGUUCUCGGGCAGCUCGAUUUGUCCGAAAACGAGCUGACCGGAAAAAUCCCGGUGAACUUGGGAAGUAUACAGUCACUCGUCCAAAUCAAUAUUUCACACAACCACCUGCAGGGAAGCUUGCCCCCAGCAGGGGCAUUUCUGACAAUUAGCUCCUCUGCUAUUGCCGGGAAUCAUUUGUGCGGUGGCAAAAAAAUUACCAAUUUGCCCCCGUGCAGUGGGGCCAAGAACCGAACCCGAACCCAUUGGUUUGUAAUAACCUUUCUUCUUGCGUCGUUAACGAUAUUCGCGUUCGUCGUGAUUUUCGUAAUGAGGAAAGGGAAUAAAUUGUGCGGGCGAAAGGAAUCAAAAAGGGUAGAAAGCCAAGACGGGACGUGGCAAUUUUGGUUCGCGAAUUCAGGAAUUGCGAAAAUGUUGACGAUAAAGGACAUUUUGUCGUGUGUCGAGGAAGAGAAGAAUCUCGUGGCGAGCGGGAAAACGGGCUUUUCCUACAAAGGAAAGUCGGUUUUGGGUAACAAGAUCUUCUUGGCGAAAGAGAUGGCUUCGAUUUCAUCAGCUCAUUAUUGGUCGGAUUGGAUCGAGUUAAUGCGCAAGAUUAGUCACCCGAAUGUCGUGAAGAUGUUGGCCAUGUGCCGGUCGGGAAAAAGAGCGUUUUUGGUUUACGAGUAUGUUAAGGGGAAGGAUUUGAGUGAGGCGAUCAGGUGUUUGAACUGGCCACAGAGGAUAAGGGUCGCAGUUGGGGUUGCAAGGGCACUAAAGUACUUGCACUUCGGUUGUUCGCCUGGGAUUGUAUUCGAAACUAAAGGCUCGAAAGACUGGACCGAAAAGAGUGAUAUUUACGGAUUCGGGCUUCUCCUAAUCGAGCUCCUGACAGGAAAAUCACCGCGCGAUGCUGAGUUGAGCGCCAUCCACGAGAGCAUCGUUGAGUGGGCUCGGUAUUGCUACUCGGACUGCCAUCUCGAGAUGUGGGUCGAUGCAAAUAUAAAGAAAGAUGAGGGCCUAAUGAGCAAAUACCAGAAUCAGGUCUUCGAGGCUAUGAACCUUGCCCUACGCUGCACCGCGGGUGAUCCAGCUGCCCGCCCGUGCACCCUCGAUUUGGUCCAAAAUUUAGAGGCAAUUGCGAGAUCGAGUUCUUGUGUGUGGUUCUUGAAGAUUUAA